AUGCGGUUGGUCUUGUUAGGAAAAACAGGCUCAGGGAAAAGUGCAACAGGUAAUUCUAUUUUGGGAAGAAAAUUUUUUUCAUCUCGUGCCAGCCAGGUCUCUGUUACCGAAACAUGCCAAAAACAAGAAGUGGAAAGACCCUCAGAAAGAAUAACUGUUGUUGAUACCCCUGGAUUUCUUGAUACUAACAAAAGAAGAAAAAGUGUUUAUGGACAGAUUCUUAAGAUUUUUUCGGAGGCUGCUCCUGGUCCACACGCAUUUAUAAUUGUUUUGAGAACAGCUCGAUUUACUCAGGAAGAGGAGGAUGUUCUAAAAGAAAUUGAAAACUUAUUUGGAGAUUCUUUGUUUAAAUAUUCCAUUUUGCUGUUCCCAAAAGAAGACGACAGAAAUGCUGAUUGUGUAGACUUUUCUGAUUUUAUGAAGGAAUGUCCAUCCACUUUGAAGGGGUUAUUUGCCAAAUGUGGACAGCGUGUGAUUUCCUUCAAUAACAGAGCAACCGAGGAGGAUAACGAAAAACAAGUACAAAAGCUUUUGAAAAUUGUACGAGAAAUAAUGGAUAAAAAUAAUGGGACAUUUUACACACAUGAAGUAUUCCAGAAAUUCCAGAAAGCAAAAGAAAGGCAAAAGGUCGAUAAAAAGAAAAAAAUUGAUAGAGAACUGUCAUCUUAUAUUUCCAAUAUCGAACUGGAAUUCAACAAAAAGUUUUCUCAGAAGGUCAGAAAUGAUAGAGAAAAACUUGAUUAUUACAAUCAGAUGAUAUCCAAACUAAAUGAAAGACUUCAUUCUGCUACUGCUACCAUGGAAAUUGAGGCUAGGACUAAGUCUCUCAUCCAAUAG